AUGUUCAAGAAUCCCAGCACCACACUAACAGUGCAACAGCCAAUCUCCGACGCCACCAAUGUUCAAGGAGGUGACCCAUUUGGUGCACCUACAAAGCUGUGGCCAUGGGAAGAUGGUACCAAUUCAUUGACAAAGGCGAAUUGGAGGAUUGAGAAAUGGAAAGAAGGAGCAAUUCUUGAGGCAACUGAUCCGAGAUUGGGAGGUGAUUUUGUGGUAGAGGAAAUGGAGUUGGUUUUGAAACUAGGUCUGAUUUGCUCACACUAUAAUCCGAUGACUAGGCCUAGCAUGAGGCAAGUAAUGCAGUAUUUGGAUAGGGAAGUUAUCAUGCCCGAAGUAUUUAUGGAUAUUGUAGGAGUUGGCAUGGCUGCAUUAUUUGGCAAUGAAGUUUCAAAUUAA